AUGUGUACGACUCGAUAUCUUGUGCUUUUUGUCCCUUUUGCAGAGUUAUCCAUAACUGGAGAAUUCUGUUGAAAGUCUGAUUGAAACCCUUCCAUAGGACUUCCAGCUAAAUUCGUGGAGCUUGAAAAUAGGGGGCUGGCUGCCCUCCAAAUGGCUGUUAGGUUCCUGCAUUUUGAAUAUUGUUUGGGUUAUAGUGAAGGUGAUUUAGAAUUUGUAUUAAAUGAAUGGCCUUGAAAUAAAUGAAGUUGUAGAAGCUUGCUCAAGUAUAGAUAA